AUGUUUUCCCCAGAAAAACAACAAGUUGAAAUAUGCUUACUUAAAUCAAACCUAGAAGAAAUAGAAAAUGAUUUAGUUGCACAGAGAUCAGCGAUUCCAGCGCUAGAUGCUGAAAAUGAACAAAAGUAUCGUGAAACUAUAACAGCUUUGCGUGAAGCGCGCGCUCUUAACACAAAAAUUGAAGAUCUUAAGCAAGAAAACGUAAGAUUAACCGCUAAGCGCAUGCAACUGAAACGGCAGAGUGAGGAAGUGAGUGAAAAACUCGAAAGAGCUCGCAGGGAUCGUAGCGUACUUGAAGAAUUGCUGAAACAGGAAGAACGGGAUACGGAAGUCGAAAUACGCAAAUAUGAAGAUACAUUACGUGAAUUGGCCAACAUGUUUAGGUCGUCUCGUGCAUUUUAUAAUGAAGACGAAGUCACAAACGAACUGGAAACGAUAAAGGAAAUGAAUUUAAGCUUUGUCAACGAGGAAAAGAAACUGCAGUUUAAUGUUUCUGAGCUCAAGCGAGAGCUUACUAGUCUGCAAUCUGACGUUCCUGAAGAUAUUCUUGCAAUAAUUGGUCAAACGGGCUUAGAAAAAAAAAUUAAGUCUCUUACGGAACAGUGCGAGACGCUAAAUUCUAAACGAGAUUACAUUCUCAAGAACCAAUCAAGCACGACUUCGCAAUCAUUAAGUCGCAAAUAA